AUGACAUAUGGUUUUUCAGAGGCAGAGCCAAAACAGAUUGAAAAACGGACUGAAAAGGUUGAGUUAGGCGGCGGCGGACUGGGAUCCACCAGUUCUAGUGUCACCAUUACUAAGUCCGUCACUACUUCUUCGUCUACUACUAGUAGACAAAAAUCUGGUGGUGCAGUCGCCAGAAGUGGAAGCGAUAUAAAAGAUAUGCUUCUUCGGUGGUCGAGGGCUAAGACUAAGGAAUACGAGAAUGUCCAGAUCGACAAUUUCUCUGGCAGUUGGGCUAAUGGUCUGGCAUUUGCGGCACUAAUCCAUCACUUCUUUCCCGACGCCUAUGACUACAAAGAGUUGGAUUCAAAGAACAGACGGCGAAACUUUGAACUCGCCUUCAAAACUGCUGAAGAAAAGGCUGACGUUUAUCCUCUGAUAGAAGUGGACGACAUGUUGCUUAUGAAGGAUAAGCCCGACUGGAAGUGUGUCUUCACUUACGUUCAGGGAAUAUACAGAAAACUUCAC